UAAGUCCUAAUUGCAUCAAUGAAAUCAUUUUUUUCAGGGAAGUAUGUCCCUAGUACCCAUUUAUAUUCUUUCAUAUUAACCGACUCUGAGAAUACCCCAAUAUCUCCAUAUCGGGGUGUUUCAUUCCUUGAAUCAUCAUCACUUUCAUCAAUACUACCACAUUCAUCAGAUUCCCACUCACUAUCUGAUAAGCCCAUAGCCUGUGCAUGCAACUUUGAUCUCCCCCUUCCACUUCCUAUACCUAUUUCAAAGUCCUCCUCUUCAACUUCUUCAUCUGCAUGCACACCAACAUUCACCAUCUCAUCUUCACUAUCAACAUCCUCCUCUUCGACUUCUUCAUUUGCAUGCACAACAACAUCCACCAACUCAUCUUCACUAUCAAACUCCUCCUACAAAUCACCACCAUCAUCAGCAACUACAUCUUCAACAUCUUUACCACCAUCAUCAACAACUAUAUCUUCAACAUCUUCACCACUAAUAUCAGCAACUACAUCUUCCCCACAACGAACUUCACUACCAGCUUCAGCUUCUUCACCACCAACUUCAGCUUCUUCACCACCAACUUCAGCUUCUUCACCACCAUCAGCUUCACCAUAUUGUCCACCAUCCUCCUCGACAUUUUGUUCACCACCAACUACAUGUUCCCCUAGACCACAACCAACUUCAACUUCUUUACCAUAAGCUUCACCAUCACCACAACCAACUGCAUCUUCAUUGACUUCUACCUCAAGACCUUCUUCUUCACCCACUUCUCCAACUUUACCUAUUUGUUCACCAUCCUCACCAUGUUCACCAACAUCAUAUUGCAACUCAAGAAUAUAAUCAGGAUCGGACACCAUGUCAUUACAAGAAAAAACGUCA